GUCGCGUCUUGACCUGUCAAAAUACAACGCUGCCGCGGCAUACACAAAAACACUUCGAACGCGAACGGUCCCUUUUUUGCACUUCGAAAUCUACUUUCCGACGUAUUUAACCACAAAUUACAAUCCGAUACAAUGCAGAACAAUGUGAAAAACAUUUUCGACAGCUUCAACGAUUAUCUCGUAAAGGAGCAGGAGCUGCGUACGGAAAUCCGUGACAUCGUACGCGACAUCGAUCAGGCCGCGAAGGAAGCGGCCAUCGUGCUGCAAAUCAUUCACAGCAGUAUGGCCGAUGUGCCGGCGGCCUGUGCCAAGGCACGAACCAUCUUCGCAACCUGCCGCGAAGGGUACGGCAAGCUGGCGGCACUCAUUCCGGCCGGACAGUACUACCGGUAUCACGACCAUUGGCAUUACAUGACGCAGCGUAUCGUGUUUCUAAUCGCGCUCACGAUUUAUCUCGAGAAAGGGUUUCUCGUUAAUCGGGAGACGGCGGCAGAAAUUCUAGGACUGACUAUUGAUCAAAAGCAAGGAUUUCAUCUAGAUAUCGAGGACUACCUAGUAGGUAUUCUACAGCUCGCUUCGGAGCUGAGCCGCUAUGCCGUCAACUCCGUCAUUUUGGGUGACUACGAGCGGCCGCUCAUGAUCUCAAAGUUUGUGGCUGAUCUCAACUCAGGCUUCCGGCUGUUGAAUCUCAAGAACGACUCGCUUCGCAAGCGCUUCGAUGCGCUCAAGUACGACGUGAAGAAGAUCGAGGAAAUAGUGUACGAUAUCAGCAUACGGGGAUUGCGCACCGAGGCGGCUGCUGUGGCACCCACCGCAGCUUCCUCCGCUACCGAACCGUCGUCCGUAGAAGAAGCGAAACAAACAUAAUUUCCCCAACAAUUUACAUCGUUUUUCUCCCACCCGCGGUGCAUUGAAGCACACAACCGUAUUCCAGGUUUAAAGAUUUGUUAGCAAGUACAAAGUGCGGCAUUUGAAAUAAAAGAAUAUUUGUACGGCUGUACAGCAAGGCGCAACGAAAA